AUGUCUAAAAACCCCGAAAUAGACGAGGCCCCGGAGGUCUUGGAGAUGGACGUCGUCAAGGACCACAUGAACUACGACUUGGUUGAUCGGGAGGUCGCCGAGUACGCAAACGCAACGAUCGUGGAGGUUGACGAGGCGACCAGCCGUCGACUCAAAAGACUUGUUGAUAAGCGAGUGAUGUUGGUGAUGGUUGUCACGUACCUCGUUCAAACUCUGGACAAGGGUACCAUGUCGUAUGCAUCGAUCAUGGGAAUACAGGAUGACACCCACUUGGUGGGCCAGCAAGAAAACUAUAUCAUUCAGAGGGUCCCCAUUGCCAAGUGGCUCUCAGGGAAUAUCAUUCUAUGGGGUGUAGCCCUCUCACUCCAGGCGGCCAUGAAAAAUUUUAAAGGCCUUAUUGCCUUGCGCGCCUUUCUGGGUCUGUUUGAAGCCGCUAGCCAGCCGACAUUUACCCUCUUAUCUUCUAUGUGGUAUACUCGAGAAGAGCAGGGUGCUGCCGUUACCUUUUGGUUCAUGAUGAACGGGUUGAACCAGAUAUUAGGGGGUCUGUUAGGGUUUUGCUUUUCAUUCGUCCCUUCAACCUCUCCGAUCAGCUCCUGGCAAGCCUUGUUCAUGGCAUACGGUAUUUUUACUGUGUUAUGGGGCGCAUUCGUUGGAUGGUGGAUGCCCGACUCUCCGAUGAGGGCGCACUGCUUUACUGAGAAUGACAAAAAGCUCAUGGUGGAGCGGGUGCGUCGCAACAGAACCGGUCUGCAGAAUCGAAAGUUUCGUAAGGACCAACUAUUGGAGGUUUUCAGAGACCCUCAGGUCUAUGCUAUUGCCCUAAUCCAACUUCUCCUUACCAUUCCCUCCGGUGGCCUGGGUGCUUUCAAUAAUAUUAUUGUUAAGUCAUUCGGCUUCACUACUUGGCAAACGCAGCUUCUCCAGAUGGUUUCAGGUGCUGUUCAGCUAACCGCUAUGCUGGGCGCUGUCUGGAUCGAUAGGCGUUCUAAGCAAACCAUCCUCACUAUGAUGGCCUCGGUAGUUCCUACAAUCGCCGGAGUCGUCGUCCUUCUUACUGUUCCCUUUUCGCACAACAAGCGUGUCGGUCUCCUAUUCGCUUACUACAUCAUGAUAGCGUACUGGGGCUGCGCUGGCCUUGCUCUUUCUAUCGUGACCCGCAAUGUUGCUGGUCAAACAAAGAAGAGCGUUGUGAUUGCGUGCAACUUCAUUUUUUGGGCGGUGGGUAACUCAAUUGGUCCGCAGACCUUCCGCUCGAAAGAUGCACCACGGUAUUUCCCUGCCCUAGCGACAGUUCUAGCGUGCUUCGUGCUAUUAGAAGUCGUUCUUUUUGCUUUACGCACAUGGUAUAUUAGCCAGAAUAAGAGGCGCGACCUGAAGGUCGAACAUGGGGAGGUGGCCGCAGACACAGGAUUUACCCAUUCUUUUGAGGACAUCACAGAUCGCUCCGGGGCAGCAAUCACCCCAGUUAUGGACUUCUCGAGACUUCUCGCCCUCAACGCUUCGAAGGAUCCACACGGUACCGCCCCUGUACCGCUCCAGGCCACACUGGACCUCAGUGGCUUUCGCUUAUUAGCGCUAGAUGCGGGCGGCGAUGAUUCGCCGACAUUCGACCAGUGCUCCCCAGGUCCAACCUUAGUCCAUGCGGAGAAACGUGGAUGA